AUGCUUGAACAUAAUGAUGGGUGCCAGGAAUAUAGCCUAGAUACAGGAACUGAGUGGGGUGAAUUUGACAAGGGCCCAUUACAGCGGAAGUGCAUCUCCAGAUCUGUCCUCUCAGGCUGCGCCAUCAUUGUCCGAGGGCAGCCCCGUGGGGGGCCCCCUCCCGAGCGGCAGAUCAACCUCAGCAAUAUCCGUGCUGGAAACCUCGCCCGCCGGGCUGCUGCAGGACAGCCAGAUGCCAAGGAUACCCCUGAUGAGCCCUGGGGAUUUCCGGCUCGUGAGUUCCUGCGAAAGAAGCUCAUUGGGAAGGAGGUGUGCUUCACUGUGGAGUACAAGACCCCGCAAGGCCGGGAGUAUGGCAUGGUGUACCUUGGGAAAGACACGACUGGGGAGAACAUCGCUGAGUCUCUCGUGGCAGAAGGCCUGGCCUCUCGCAGGGAAGGAAUCCGAGCCAAUAAUCCUGAGCAGAACAGACUGGCUGAGCUGGAAGAUCAGGCGAAGGUUGCGAAAAAAGGAAUGUGGAGCGAAGGAACAGGCUCUCACACGGUCCGGGAUCUCAAGUACACGAUUGAAAACCCACGCCACUUUGUGGACUCCAUGCACCAGAAGCCAGUCAAUGCCAUCAUAGAACACGUCCGGGAUGGCAGCGUGGUCAGAGCCCUGCUCCUUCCCGAUUACUACCUGGUCACCGUCAUGCUUUCUGGCAUCAAGUGCCCCACGUUCAAGCGGGAGGCAGAUGGUGCAGAGACACCGGAGCCAUUUGCAGCAGAAGCAAAGUUCUUCACUGAGUCACGGCUGCUGCAGAGAGACGUGCAGAUUGUCCUGGAGAGCUGCCACAAUCAGAACAUCCUGGGCACCAUCCUCCAUCCGAAUGGCAACAUCACGGAGCUGCUGCUGAAGGAAGGCUUUGCGCGCUGCGUGGACUGGUCCAUCGCCGUGUACACCCGCGGGGCUGAGAAGCUGCGAGCGGCCGAAAGGUACGCCAAGGAACGCAAGCUGAGAAUCUGGAGAGACUAUGUGGCUCCCACGGCUAAUCUGGACCAGAAGGACAAGCAGUUCGUUGCCAAGGUGAUGCAAGUGCUAAACGCAGAUGCCAUUGUGGUUAAGCUGAACUCUGGAGACUACAAAACAAUUCAUCUGUCCAGCAUCAGACCACCUAGACUGGAAGGAGAAGGCACCCAGGACAAGAACCGGAAGCUGCGCCCGCUCUAUGACAUUCCAUACAUGUUUGAAGCCCGGGAGUUCCUGCGGAAAAAGCUCAUCGGAAAGAAGGUGAACGUCACUGUGGACUACAUCAGACCUGCCAGCACCGCCACGGAGACUGUGCCUGCCUUCUCAGAGCGAACCUGUGCGACUGUUGCCAUUGGAGGCAUAAACAUCGCUGAGGCCCUAGUGAGCAAGGGCCUUGCCACAGUCAUCCGCUACCGGCAGGACGACGACCAGCGAUCCUCGCACUAUGACGAGCUGCUGGCCGCGGAGGCACGGGCUAUCAAGAAUGGCAAAGGAUUGCACAGCAAGAAAGAGGUGCCAAUACACCGGGUGGCCGAUAUCUCUGGGGACACCCAGAAGGCCAAGCAGUUCCUGCCCUUCCUGCAGCGGGCCGGCCGCUCUGAGGCGGUGGUGGAGUACGUCUUCAGCGGCUCUCGGCUCAAGCUGUACAUGCCAAAGGAAACCUGCCUUAUCACCUUCCUGCUAGCAGGUAUCGAGUGUCCCCGCGGAGCACGAAACCUUCCCGGCCUGGUCCAGGAGGGAGAGCCCUUCAGCGAAGAAGCCACCGUCUUCACCAAGGAGCUGGUGCUGCAGCGUGAGGUGGAGGUGGAAGUGGAGAGCAUGGACAAGGCUGGGAACUUCAUUGGCUGGCUGCACAUCGAGGGGGUGAACCUGUCGGUGGCGCUGGUGGAGCACGCGCUCUCCAAGGUGCACUUCACGGCCGAGCGCAGCUCCUACUACAAGGCCCUGCUGUCCGCGGAGGAGGCUGCCAAGCAGAAGAAGGAGAAGGUCUGGUCCCAGUACGAGGAGGCGCCGGUGGAGGAGGUGGUGCCGGUGCUGGAGGAGAAGGAGCGAACCGCCAGCUACAAGCCGGUCUUCGUGACGGAGAUCACCGACGAGCUGCACUUCUACGUGCAGGACGUGGAGACAGGGACCCAGCUGGAGAAGCUGAUGGAGAACAUGCGGAGCGAGAUCGCCGGCCACCCGCCCGUGGAAGGGUCCUACGCGCCGCGCCGCGGGGACUACUGCAUCGCCAAGUUUGUGGAUGGGGAAUGGUACCGGGCCCGCGUGGAGAAGGUGGAGUCGCCAGCCAGGGUGCACAUCUUCUACAUCGACUACGGCAACAAGGAGACCCUGCCCUCUACGCGCCUGGGCACCCUGCCGCCUGCCUUCAGCACCCGCAUCCUGCCCGCCCAGGCCAUCGAGUACAAGUUUGCCUUCAUCCAGGUGCCACAGGAUGACGACGCGCGCGCCGACGCGGUGGAUAGCGUGGUGCGGGACAUCCAGAACACCCAGUGCCUGCUGAACGUGGAGCACCUCGGGCCCAGCUGCCCCCACGUCACCCUGCAGUUCGCCGACUCCAAGGGCGACGUGGGGCUGGGGCUGGUCAAGGAGGGGCUGGUCAUGGUGGAGGCACGGAAGGAGAAGCAGUUCCAGAAAGUGAUCACCGAGUACCUGAACGCGCAGGAGCUGGCCAAGACCAACCGGCUGAACCUGUGGCGUUACGGCGACUUUCGGGCUGACGACGCGGAUGAAUUUGGCUACAGCCGCUAG